UUGGCCCGACCCGGUUCGCACCGGCGACGGUAUAAAUACAUCACAAAAACCGCGAUGCACGGUAUUGUACCCUCUCAAACGUAUACCAUCAUCCUAUAGCAUUUGUAGGCCGUACGAUCAAAACAACUCUCUCCCUCUCAAAUCAUCGUCAACCUCGCUCUCAAAAUCCAUAACGAAGAACAAAGAAACGACCCAUCUCCAUCUCCAGCGUUUCCUCCCUCUCGCUUGGCUGAGAUUCAAGAGGGCCAGAUCUCUCGAUGGAUUUCAUGAAGGUCUUGGACCAGACCGUUCGAGAGAUAAAGAGGGAGGUGAAUCUGAAAGUGCUCAAGGUCCCCGAAUUGGAGCAAAAGGUUCUCGAUGCAACCAGUAAUGAACCCUGGGGUCCUCAUGGAUCUGCUUUGGCAGAGCUCGCUCAGGCCACAAAAAAAUACAGCGAGUGCCAGAUGAUUUUGAAUGUGCUUUGGACCAGGUUGACUGAUACAGGUGCAAAUUGGCGCCAUGUAUACAAGGCAUUGACUGUUAUCGAGUAUUUGAUGGCAAAUGGAUCUAAACAAGCACUUGAUAACAUUCUUGAGCGCAGUUUUCAAAUUUCAUCACUUUCAGGCUUUGAAUAUGUCGACCCUAAUGGAAAGGAUGUUGGAAUCAACGUGAGAAAGAAAGUUGAAACCAUUGUUGGUCUUAUAAAUGACAAGGAAAAAAUACAAGCAGUCAGAAAAAAAGCUGCAGCGACUCGUGAUAAGUAUGUUGGACUUUCGUCAUCUGGCGUAACAUACAAGUCAAGCGCGUCCUCGUAUGGCGGCAGCAGUAGGUAUGGAGGCUUUGAUAGUUCCAGAGAUGGUGAAUCGUUCAAUGACAGCUAUAAAGAUAAGCACAAGUCAAUAGAUGAUCGAUCAAAUGAAAAUGAAAGUGGGUUCAAGAAGGGAGGAUCACGUCAUUCCGGGUCUCAUGCUUCUACAUCCUCCAAACCGACAAAAACAGCAACAAAGAUGGGUGCAGAUCUAUCUUCAAAAAGCGCGAGCAUACAACCAAAUGAUAGCGAGGAUGACUUUGGUGACUUUGAUGACUUUGAUCCACGUGGAUCCACUACAGGGGGAUCAGCUAAUACAACCUCCAUUCAAGUGAAUCCAUUUGGAGAAAGCUUAGUUGGCGAUCUCAUGGACACGCCAACAUCGCCACCAACAGAACCAGCAUACUUCAGCAACAAAACUGCCCCCGAAGUUGAUCUCUUUGCUGAUGCCACAUUCGUGUUGGCCUCACCUCAUGAAGAACUAACAACAGGUUCUCAUGAUAAGGCAAAUAUUGAUCUUUUCGCUAAUCAGCCUGCCUUUCCUGCUCCACCUUCUGCAAGUGUUGACUUAUUUCGAGCAUCUGAUUCAGGCUCGCUUUCUGAAGCAAAGUACUCUAGUUCAGAGCAGAAAAGCACAGCACCAUUUGACCCUUUUCCAGCCCCUGAUUCAGGCAUGAGUUUCGGAAAGAAGUCCUCUAAUUCAGAACAUAUAAAUACAACCUUUGAUCCUUUUGCAGCAAUUCCACUGAACAGUUUUGAAGAAACUGACUCCUUUAGUGCCUUCACAUCUCAUAGUGAAUCAAAAACAACAAAGCCUCAACAAAAAGUAACAAACAACAGCCUUGAUAGCAUGGAACAAUCAAUGACAUCAUCCAAGCCAGAAGCCAAGAAGGAUGCUUUCCAAGUUAAGUCGGGGAUUUGGGCUGAUUCUUUAAGCCGUGGACUGAUUGAUCUAAAUAUCACAGCCCCCAAGACAAUAAACCUAGCAGCAAAUAUUGGAGUAGUCGGUGGACUUGGGGAUGCUUCAGAUGCAACACCAUGGUACAUGACUCGUCCCAUGGUUACAGGAUCAAGCAUGGGUAUGUCGGGUUUUCCUUCAUCAACUUCAAACAAGGGAGAUAGCGGCUUUUCGACUUCCGUUCAGCAGCAAUAUGGAGGCUUCAAGUGAUGCAUCUUUUUAACCCCGUUUCUUUAAUAUUCUUUUUACACACUUAGCCAAUUAUAGCGCAAUCCAGUUACAAUUUUACUUCUGGUAGCUGUGCAAUUUGUCUUAGUUGCUUCUUUCUAUAAUGUAAUGUGUUUCUGGUGCCCACUAAUGUAUUAUGGUUUUGGAAUAUGAACAGCUUAUAUGCCAGAUUUGAUGAACA